CUUAAAUUUCGUGGGCUUAGUGGAGGAAGCCCAUAUCUUCUCUCUGAAUUAUUUUUUCUCGUUUUGAAUCGGGCACAGGCAGUCAUUUUAGGUUUGUCGAACAGGUGGCGGGCGGUGGCUACAGAUGGGAAGUCCAAGCAACAGCAGUAGCAGUGGAGAGGAAGAUGGGACGGCGGAGUGGAAAAAAGCCAUUGAAUCAGUUGUAUCCACUACUACUUUUGGUUUCGUCAAUGUCUCAACCAAAUCCAUCAACAAUUCCAAUUCAAACAAAGACUCUGUUUAUGAAGACGACCACCAACAUAAACCCCAAAAGCUAACCCACUACCAAAUCAAGGCACAAAAAGCUUUGGAUGAUAUCUUAGAGCAGAAUUUAGAGAUAGUGAGAGAUCCUGUUGAUUUCCCGGAAAAUGAUCAAGUGAUAGAUGGAGGAGUUCGAUUAUUUAAAAAUUCAGCCCCUGGGAUAGUAUUUGAUCAUAAGGAUGAAUUUAAGGGACCCAGUAAAAAACCUAGAAUUCUUCCAGGAAAAGAGAUUGAUAUGAAAACAAAGGAGUUCAGACGACAACUCCAAGCUGUUGUUGUGGAUGGUGUGGAUAUACUGGCUGCAGCAAGAGAAGCUAGUCAGAAAUCAUUAGCUAGACUAGAAGCUAAAGAUGCAGCUGCAAAAGCAAAAGCCAAUAGAGAAGAGGAAAGAGUUGCUGAGUUGAAACGGGUUAGAGGGGAGCGAUGGCUUCCUUCUAUUGCCGGAGAAAUGCAGUUAAAAAGAAAAGGAGUGCAGCGGGUAUAGACAAUCAUUUGGAAAGCCGCUUGAACCGCCAGUUGUUUAAAUACUGAUCGAGAGUGUACCUGGGAUUUAUUCCAGCAAUGGCAGCUCAACAACACUCCAUUCGGACUUGCAGUUGCUCCUGCAAACACGCAAGUAUUAGAUAUCAAAUUCUAAGAAAGGAAGCUACUUCAUAAAAUGCAUAGUAUUAAAUACACAAAUAUGUAUCAAAAUCUAUGUGUGGAGGCAGCUUCCGAAAAUGCUCAAGAAAUAAUAUCCCCUUCUCAAGCUAUUUCAUUUC